AUGGAUGACGAACUAUUAAUUGAAGAAGUGAAAAAGCACCCAGAGCUUUAUAAUCUGACCAACAAACAUUAUAUGAAUUCAAAGCGAAAAAAUGAAAUUUGGCAAGAAAUUGGAAGCAUUUUAAAUGCGGAUGGAACUACGUGUAAAACGAGAUGGAACAAUAUCCGCGAUGUUUUUAGACGAUCGUCAAAAAAUGAAGCAACCCGAAGCGGUCAAGGGGCCAAAUGCAUAAAGCGGUACAAAUAUAGUCGCCAACUCGAGUUCCUAAAACCGUCCUUAGAGGAGAGGAACACUAUAUGUAGCGUCAAUCCAGAACCCACCCUAGUUGAGCUUGAAUCGACAGGGUCGGGUUCCAUUAAGGAUGCGUUGCCAGCAAAGACAGACCCGCCGAAACGAAGAAAACGCGAUGCACAGUUUUCGGAGAGACAUAGAACCACAGUUUCCAAACCAUCAGAAAUUCUGAUGGACUAUAUAGUGAACAAAAAAGAAGCGCAUCAUAUAGAUGCAUUCUUGGCGGGAUGUGCUGUUUCGCUAAAAGCUCUUAAUCCACUUCUUCAAGCUAAAGCAAAGGCGGAGAUAUUUGCAGUAGUGAAUAAAUACGAACUAAUAAAUAUUGAAGAAAUGGAUAACAAAAGAAAUGUUGAAGAUUCUCUAGAGCAUAACAGUAGCCACCUAAACAAUGAUCUGGAACCCUUGGACAGCACAACAACAAUUCAUAGCACCAAUAGUCACAUCCACACCAACAUGAACAGGGAAGAUAACAAUAACACCAACAUCGCACUGGACAACAUCAACAUUUUCAGCCAUAGCGACAACAACAAUAGCACUAACAGAAACUACUCCAGCAUUUCCAGCGACAGCACAACAACAAUUCUUUGCACCAACAGUAACAUCAACACCAACAUUAACAGAGAAGAUAACAAUAACACCAACAUCCACCUGGACAACAUCACUUCUAGCCACAGCAACAACAACAAUAGCACUCAUAGAAACUACUCCAGCAUAUCCAGCGACAGCACAACAACAAUACAUAGCACCAAUAGAGACAUCAACACCAACAUCAACAGAGAAGAUAGCAACAACACCAACAUCCUCGUACACAACAUCAACAUAUCCAGUCACAGAAACAACAACAAUAGCACUAACUACUCCGACAUUUCCAGCGACAGCACAACAACAAUUCAUAGCAUCAACAGUGACAUAAACAACAUCGACAACAACAACAACAGCAACAUCAACAGCGUUAACAAUGGAGCCGAUCACAUGAACACCAACAGCCAGAACAACUACGAGAAUGACAUCAUUAAUUGUAACACCAACGGCAGCAACAUCAACAAUAGUAACAUCAACAGUACCACCAACAACAUCAGUACGGACUGGUUUCCGUACACUAACGAACAAGUUACUAAUUUUAAUUACGAUCAUUUGAUCUACGGUAGUUCUUUGAGCACGUUCUUUUCAACGUUUACAACCAGCCCAUAA